GAAUUUAUAAAUAUCCUCAAAUCCAAUACGCCAAUCAUAUAAAGUUGCAGAAAAUCAAACUCAAUCAAUCUCAUUGAAGAAGAAGAAGAAGAAGCAAUCUACAAUUCUGUUUUCUUUCCACACUUUGAAAUUAAUUACCUGAUAAGCAAGAUCUUCUUUAUGGUGUUCAUAGUUUCUUCAAUUUUACAAUCUUAUCUUACAGAUUGCAGCUACAUUUCCUUCAAAUCUUUGUCCUGGUUAUUCUAUUAUCAACAACAGAGUUAUUCUAUGAUCAAGAGCAGAGUUAUUCUAUAAUCUUCCUACAUGUUUUAGUUCUUUUUUUCAGUUCAGCUGAAAGAAAAGAUUCCAGAAACAUGUCUGCAAUACCUGAGAUAAACUUGGUGUGCAUGAAUCUCGUCGAUCAUCUCAACAAAUACAAGAGAAAAUGGCGCUCUGCAUUUGUAGCCAUCUAUUGCACACGAGCCUUCAACAAGCGUUGGCAGCAGCCAAUAGUACCAUACACAGCUCUCAAUGUUACACCUGAUUACAUAUCCGAUCUCGUUCGCCAGCGAAAUAUUGAUGAGCUUAACAGACUCGGAGGAAUCCUGAAGGUGGCCUCAAUUCUGGAAUCUGAUAUUGAGAAAGGCAUCCUGGGAGACGAAUCAGUCAUUACUCGUAGGCGAGUUCAAUACGGUUCAAACAGAGUUCAUCAGCAAUCCCCAAAGCUGUUGCAUGAUCUCGCGGCAACUGUUAAAGACCCCGGAGUGAUUCUACUAUCCAUCUGGGGGAUGAUUGCACUUUGUUUUGGAAUAAAACAUUAUGGGGGAAGAGGAAUUUCUGAUGGAGUAAGCAUAUGUUUGGCUGCCUUACUUGCUAUCACACUUACAGCUUUCGCUAACCACUGGCCUAAAACGGAACUGUUCAAGUUAUCGAAAGAUCGAGACGAUUUCAAUAUCCAUGUUCAAAGAAACAACAUAUUGGAUGCUAUCUCAGUCUUUGAAGCCGUGGUAGGAGAUGUUGUGGUGUUAAAUGCCGGUGAUCAGAUCCCUGCUGAUGGCUUGAUCAUCGGCGAAAGCCCUUUACUGGUAGACGAGUCAAAUGUGAGACCUCAUAUGGAUUCAGUGGAAAUCAAUGGCAGUGGUAACCCAUUCUUGCUCUCUGGGACUAAAGUCAUCAAUGGUUCUGCUCGUAUGAUUGUCACAGCCGUUGGCGAAAAAACAAAAUGGGGGAAUUUGCUGAUUUCGGAAAGCUAUAGCUCAGAGCAGAGAACUCCUUUACAAAUGAGGCUACAUAAGCUGUCCAAAUUCCUUGCUACAAUAGGUUUCGGGGCAGCUUCCAUUGUCCUGGCAGUACUCCUGGCACGUUACUUCACAGGCAACUUUCAUGAUGGAGGAGGAAAUCCACAUUUUGUUGCAGGGAACACCAACUUUAAGGAAGUUUUUCGUGAUCUCAUAGGCAUUGUGGCAACACCAGUUGCCAUUGCCUCCACAGCAAUUCAAGAAGGCUUGCUUCUAGCUGUCUUGAUAAACAUUUCUUUCUCUGCCAAAAAGAUAAACCAAAAUGCACAACUCAGGAAGCUUUCUGCCUGUGAAGCAAUUGGUAACACUACCGUCAUUAUCUUGGAUGAGAAGCUUAAGCUGACAUUGGACCAUUUGGCAGUAACUUCAUUCUAUAUCUGUGCCAAGCACAUUCCUUCAUCAGAGAUUCCAAAAAAUGUUCUCCAACUUCUAUCUCAAGCAAUUAUUUUGUCUCAUUCAGAGGCUUCAUCAAGUAGUCGUUCGUCAGAUGGUGAAAUCAGGAAUGCAAUUCAAAAAUGGGGUGAUGAAGAUCUCGGUUUGGAAAUUGAAGAGGUGAGUGAAAAUUAUACCAUGAACCCUCAUUCCAUCUGCAAUUCAGGAAAUUCUGGAAGCUGGAUAAAGAAGAAGAGUGAUGAUAGCCUUCAUGUGCACCAGAAUGGCGACGCAGAAGACAUCCUGGAGAUAUGCUCCCAUUACUACGAUGAGAGUGGGGACAUGAAAGAAAUGGUUAGCAGCAUUCGUGAAGAAAAAUUGGCACAAGUCAAAGAGAUGAAAUCUAAGGUUCACCGGUGCAUUGCUUUUGCUCACAAAAGUGUGACAGAAGAGUCAAACGAUGAACAUGGGAAUCCUGUCCCUGAGGUUGGAAAGAAGGAUUUGGUUUUCAUAGGUAUUGCUUGCCUGAACUUCCCCUGCCGACCUGCAGUAAGAAUGGCACUAGAGGAACUCAAAAGAGCAGAAGUGGACUUCAAAAUCAUCACAAGAAAUGACACUCUCCCUGCAAAAGCCUUAGCCAUGGAGUGCGGUUUUCUGGAGGACACUGGAGACAUGAACUCAGGAGAAGUUGUGGAGGGCCCUGUGUUUCGAAGCUAUACACACAGUGAAAGACUGGAAAAAUGUCAGAAAAUCCGCGUGAUGGCGCGAGCCUCAACAAUCGAAAAACAUCGUAUGGUGCAAUGCUUGAUAGAGAAUGGCGAAGUGGUGGCUGUUACUGGAAGUACGACAGGCGAUGCAAGUGUUCUAAAAGUAGCUGAUGUAGGAUUCUCACUGGGAAGCCAAGGGACUCAGCAAGCAAUGGCAAGCUCAAAUGUUGUCAUCAAAGACGACGAUUUCGAGUCUAUACCCAGAAUAGUGACAUGGGGCAGGGCUAUCAAUCACAAAACCCAGCUAUAUGCACAGUUCCAAAUAACAGUCUUCUUUUCUUCCCUUGUGACAGAUGUUAUCUCAGCUGUUUCAGCCAAAGAACCUCCAAAUUUCAACAUUGUCACUGCCAUCUCCUCUGGAAAAGUCACUUUUGCAGCGGUUCAGGUUCUGUGGGCAAAGUUGGUUGUGGGAAUGUUGGCAGCAAUAGCUAUAACAAUCGAGGAUCAUGCAGAACUCAAGCUCCUGCCAAAAGCUAAACGCGGUCAGCUCCUAUCCAACGCCGUGUGGGAGAACAUAGCAGCACAAUCUGUCUAUCCAAUAGUGCUUCUGUUGACCAUACAGUUCAAGGGGAAAUCCGAAGCUUUCAGGUUAGAUUCCGGAACAAAAGACACGAUGAUCUUCAACAUAUUCGUGCUCUGGCAGCUUUGCCUGAUGUUGAAUACCAAAGGAUUCCACAGAAAUUUCUCUGAAGGGCAGUGGCGCAGGAGGAAAUUGCUUGGGGGAAUAAUUGCAGUGAUAAUAUUGGUGCAGGUACUUAUGGUGCAAGUUCUACACAAAUUUGCAAACACAAAGCCACUAAAUUGGAAGCUAUGGAUGAUAUGUGUGGCACUUGCUCUUCUGACCUGCCCAAUUGGGUGCCUCAUUGAGAAUGUAAAGCACUUUGCCGAAGCCUUCUCCAAGGCUCCGAGCAGCUAAAAAAACCAGAUUAUCCUCCAUUUUCAAGUCUACUUUCAUCAGUCUGACUCUGAACCCUUUCCCGUAGAUUCUACUAAGAAGAAAUUCUGCUUUUACAAAAAAGAUCAUUAAACACUUGAAAAAAACAGAAAGAUACUGAUACUCCCUCCUGUCCUAAUUAUAAAUGGCACAAAUUUGAACCAACUUUAGUGUUAAUUUGUGCCUUAUAAUUAGUACUAGAUGGAGUAACACAUUUCCAUGGAAGCUUGAUAGUUCUAAAUCGGUUAAAUGCAAAUUUUC